GGGACGCGUUCGCACAGGCAUCCACUGCCAGCUCCUCCCUGGGUGCAUCGCCGUGCUAUUUCGCACGCGCAAAAUAACGUGUAGUUCAGGCAGUACGCUUCAGUGGUCAGCAGACGCGAGAGUUUACGCGCUCACAGCUGAUCAAGGCUUCAACAUUCAAUCUGAAUAUCAUGAGGAUGUCAAAGGAAGACUUGGAGCUUGAGAAGUUCAUAAAGACGCAUUCAAUAAUUCCCGAUGAUAUGUUGAGAAUAUUAGGGAUGGCAGUACCAAAAUCGUUCCAGCCUGUCAUCGAAGUUACACCUCCCAAGCCGCACAGCGAGGCAGCAAAGCGUUUGAUUGCACGCUAUGGAGUGGAGAAAGGGGAAGCGGAAAUUAACAUUACCACAAAGACUCUGUCCACAUGUGGCACGGAGAAUGUUUCAGAGAGAUUCAGUUCUACACACUCUGAUGAAAAUGGCAAGCCACCUUCUUCUCCAGGUGUGACUACGCAAACUUUACCGGAGAAAGCUGACCCCAUCCCCGCUGACGUUCCUCUCGAGAAGCCGGGACCGGCCAACGUCACAGAGGUAUCAUCCUGCGCUGCCAAGCCACCGUCCUGUGCUAUCGAAUCUCCGCCUGGACUUCUCGAGUCUCCGCUCAGCGCUUCCGAACCUCAAAGUCGAUCUCCGCCUCUGGCAAGGUCGUCUUCUCCAGUCGCUCGCACUCAAGUAUCCGAGCCCCAUCAAAACCGUGAACUGUCCGCCUCAGCUGUAUUACAGGCAGCCGAAUGCACCCAAAAAUCGUCGGAGACCUCGUGUGUCUCCCCGACCAUCCAGGAACCGCCUGUCCAGCAGCUUGAACGCCACUCCAGCCAACAUUUGGUAGGCGCCGAUAUUCCGAUGGAAAUUGAUAGCGAACAGUGCGACGGUAUUCAUGAGCCGGACGACGUAUCCAUGAGCGACACUGGGCUGCAGCCCGACAUGGACCAACAGUCGCCGACUGAAGCACCUGGUCCACUGUCACCGCAAUCACCGCCUACCAUCCCGCGUGUACCGACGCCACCAUGGGGAUACAGGCCAUCCGCGGACAUACGGCGGGACGCUCGGACGCUCGACAAUCCUGUGGAGUCCGCGCUCACCGCCUGUCUUGCAGUGGCCGAAAUCCGCUUGGAUAAAGUGCUGUCGUCAGCACGGCGCGGCACGCCGCCAUGGUACCCCCAUACUCGCUGCGGAGCAGAGUGGCUGAGGACGUUCACCAAAAGAAAUAUGGCUCCGCAGGAUGCGGGCACUACUGGUAGCACCGGGACGUUCCCAGACAAAACGAGUACGGCGUGAAGUACUACUUUUGAAGGGCUUCAUAGCUGCCGACAUGCUCCGUCGUGGACCUUUUACUGACAUCGUUAUUUUCUCUUUUUUGUUAUGAAUCUUGUGCUCCCGCUAUGCAUAGUACUAGUACGACCAUACUGUAUAAUCUACCUUCCCGUAUCUUGGAUUACUCGUUUUUCUCCAUGUUUUGGAUCCUGCUAACUACUGUAGUCUAGUACAAACUACUCUGCGAAGUCUCGGGCUUCCUUGGAUGCAAAUUAUCGUCAUAUUAUAGGUUAUAAUUAGAUCUUCAGAUUAUUAUGAAGUAUAUAACACGAGAAUGAGGUAGCGAAAA